CGGUCAUCCAAGGGGAGGGCUACGUAAACAGAGCUUUCUAAAUAAAGGACCGUGCGGAAUUUUUUUUGUUCAACUAACUUAUACAAGGUUUUUUUCUAUACGCUAAAAGGUCAUAAAGUGGGAUGCCUAUUCGUCGUGCAACAGGGACUCCACCCAAGGAGAAGGCUCCUUCCACUGCACCAGAGAAAGAGCCCGAUGCCACAUCAGAGGAGUCGCCAUCAGCUGAGGAGGAGGAGGCUCCAUCCUCAGCCCCAGUGGUCAGUACCGGGGACGAGGGAGCUGCAGGUGAAGCCGAGCCAAAACAGAACGGAGAAAAAACUGAUGAAGCAACUGGAGAGAUGAAAGGGGCUGAUGCCGAGAAGAAAGAUUCCGCUUUGCCUGCGGUGACAAACGGACAAAGCAACAAAUGCAAGGACUGCGCCGCUGGACAGUGCGCGACACACUGCUAUGUUCUCCUACUAAGGUUGAAGGACGGUUUCAAGCUAGAGAAAGCAAAAGUCAAGAAGGUGAAGAGGACGAUUCCCGCAUGGGCUAGCAUUUCUUCAAACAAAAAAGUCCCAGUUAGCAACUUUGCAGGCACUCAGCCCAAAGUGGAAGAAGUCCUUAUUGAGGCUAUCAAGUCGUGCAAUGACAGGUCUGGGAUGUCAUACAAAUCUGUCAUGAAAUACAUUGUGGAGAAGUACCCGGGCCUGGAGCUAGACAAAAGGAAAUUCCUCAUCAAAAAAGCCAUGAAGAAGCAGGUGGAGAAGGGCACCAUCAAACAGUUGAAGGGUAAAGGUCUCUCUGGCAGUUUCACCAUUGGAAAGCAACCCCCUGCCAAAACUUCAACCAAGAAGGCUGUGGUAUUUCCUGGAAUGAAGACAGAGUCUUUGGGAGAUGCUCUCCCCCUCAUCAUCACUCGGCUCUGUGAGCCCAAGGAGGCCUCCUACAUUCUGAUCAAGAAAUAUUUGGAGCAGCACUUUCCCCACCUCAAAAUUGAUACCAGGCCGGAGCUCCUGAAAGUUGCCCUGGUCAAGGCUGUGGAAAAAGGUCACCUGGAGCGGAUCACUGGUAAAGGAGCCAGUGGGACUUUCCAGCUGAAACGCAUAGGCGACAAGGUCCUACUGAAGGGCGGGGACUUGGAGGAUGCCAUCACAGCUGCCAUCACAGCUAUGAAUGAACCCAAAACCUGCAGCACCACCAGUCUACGCAAAUACCUAAUUGGCACCAACAAGGACAGCAAGGAGUACCGCCUAGUGGCCAAUCUAAGGAAGACCCUGACAAAGUGUAAAAUGCUGGGCUGGAUGGAGCAGAUCACUGGGAGUGGAUUCAAUGGGACCUACCAGCUUUCAUUCCCCUACUAUCCCAGCCCAGCCAUCCUGUACCCUGAUAAGGUCAUAGCACCACAGAAGAAAAAAGAGAAUGCCCCCAAGCAAGGGAAGAUGCCUGAUUCUUCCGAGGAGGAAGAAUCUGAAGAAGAGGAGCAGGAGUCAGAUGAUGACACUCCUACCCCUAAGCGGAAAUCUCAGAAGAGGCCAACAUCCAGAGCACCGAGGCUUUUCCCGAACAAGAGGCCAAAAAGUCAGCCAAGAGCUAUGGGCAAGAGAUCUGUCCCCAAAAAGCGAUCUGCAUCUCCAGCCAAGAAGUCUGUAUCACAGGCAAAGAAACCAGCUCCAUCAGCAAGGAAGCCUGCAGCCUCCAAGAAGGCAUCCACACCACCAGUUAAAGCGACACCUGUCAAGAGAGCAGCUCCAGCGAAGAAGCCCAAGACGCCUGCUGUUAAAAAGCUAGCCAAAAGUGCUACCAAGCGACCUGCUCCCCAAAAGUCAUCCCCCGAGGAGCCGGCAGCCAAAAAGGAGUUGAAAGCCAAUCUGUCUACUCGCCGCUCCCAGAGAGGGAAAGUCUGAGCCCAACAGUGCCCAAACCACAGAAAGAAUUUCUUUCUCUUCCUCUAGUUCUCAGUGCUCUCUUUGUGAUUGUUUUCCCCCUUUUUGAGGGGGGUAUAGUUUUUUUUUUUGGUUUUUUUUUUUUUUCUGGUACAAUAGAAUUUUUUUUUUCAUUAAGUAAGUUCACUGUACAUUGAGAGUGUCUGGGUUACAUUUUAACUCCUGUUUAAACACCUUAUGUAGAAAAGCUCAGUUAGGGUUCUUGUUAAGGAAGCGAUGGUAUGAGAAACCAUCCUGGGUUGAGUUUUUUUUUUUUUAACCAUAACAGCUAUCUGUUCCCUUUCUCACACCUCUUCUCAGUACGCAUAGCAGACAUCCAACAUAAUGUAGGUAGAGCCAUGUGUUGACAUGUCUUCUCAGUUGUAUUUUUCUAAAUAUAUCCUUCCUUAUCUGCUCUCAGAUCUUGGCAACACACAUUCCUAAUAUCAAAUACACCAAGAUAUCAGAAACUCUCCUUAAAAAAUGCUAUCAACUUUAAGAUUAAAACUUUAUUCAAACUGAUAAUAUUAAUACUAGUGUUUUUUUAAGAGCUGAUGCUUAAGUUCUUAUUCAUGUGUCCUGGAGUAGAGAUUUUUUUUUAAUGUCUGCGUGAUACUAUAGGCCCUGUUGACUUCAGAAUGACAUUUAUUGAAAAAUCACAGAGUGUUGAAUCAGUUCAACUUUCUGUGAUAUUCUUACCUGGAUUAUUGAGCAUGUAUAAAGACAUUUAUUGAAAUAUGGUUCCAAUGAAAAUAUGGUUCCAAUGAAAAUAUUCAUUGGAACCAUUGGGCCAGUUGGUGAAAAGUUGAAGACCUUUUUUUUUUUUUUUUUUUUUUGGAGGUUACAUAGUAAGAACACAUCAUGUAGUAUUAAUUUCAGCGGCACGGUGGCCCAGUGGUUAGCACUGUUGCCUCACAGCAAGAAGGUCCAGGGUUUGAACCCCAGGCCGUCCCAUCCUUUCUGUGUGGAGUUUGCAUGUUCUCCCUGUGUCUGCGUGGGUUUCCUCCGGGUGGUCCAGUAUCCUCCCACCAUCAAAAAGACAUGCAUGUUAGGGUUAAUACUCCUGCGUGUGCCCCUGACCAAGGCAACGGGAAGAAGAACUGGAGUUGGUCCCCGGGCGCUGCAGCUGCCCACUGCUCCUCUACAAUAGGAUGGGUUAAAUGCAGCAAACAAAAUAAUUUUAAGAAUACAAUUUGUUGUAAGAAUACAAUGACAAAAUAAAGUGGCUUUCUUUCUUCUAGUAUUAAUUUUAAAACCAUAUUGUUGUAUUCAAAUGUCCCUAUUUUGAUGUGUGUAAACAAGCUAGUACAUUAACUAGCCUAUUGCUUUAUAGGUCUGAGACAGUUGCACAAAGUUGUAAGAAUUGUGUGCAUUGUAGAUAAGAUAAAAGAGGGUAAUAGCUCAUACAUAAACUGCAUGCAUGUACCCAUUGUGUUGUUAAAGCUUUUUUCCAAGUCAUUAAUAAAAUGGCUAUAUUUGUAAUCAGCUGCUCUUUACUUUUCUGACAGAGGACUGUGUUGCACAGUGAUUCUUUCCCUAUCAUUACUUCUGGUAGACAGUAAGGUCAAAUGUUUGACUGUUAACAAUUUAAAGUUGGGGUAGUCCUUUUUUAUGGCGUCAUUGGGCAAAAAUUCCAUAAUAACCUUCAGCAUAUUAUAAUUCAAGUGAGGAAAACCUGAAUCUGAAAGAAAACUAGACUUCUGUACCUCCUCUUGGCUCUGUAUUGAGGCUUUAAAAAAAAGCUAGUCAAGGAUGGAAGAUUUUAGUCAGCUACGAGUCAUUUCAGAGUGAGGGUGUUCCUACUGGCUGUUCUACAAAUGCAGAUGUGCACAUACGCGAUCAACUUGCAUCAACCCUGCCCCUCCGGUUGUUCAUGGUUGUAAAUGUAACUAAAAAUCAACCAAACUGACACAAAAUGGCUGUUUCACAUGAGCAAUAUUAGUGUAACUAAGAUUCACUGAAAAAAUAUUUUACAUGGAUACCACUGGUGGUGAAUUGUACAACAAAGUAUCUAAUAAACUACAGAAUCAAAC